AUGGCCGCUACAGCUAACUGGCCUAAGAAAACAUCUUGGUUCCUGGAGAGGACGGUCUCCUCCAGGCUGCUGGGGCUGUCCACCUCGCUCUGCACCUUCCACUUCACGCUUCAGGCACCAGAUGGAAAAGCCUUCUUACUGGUCUGGCUGCUGAACAGUGACUCCAUCAUAGCCUCAGUCCCAGAGGAGGAUGUCAGGGCUGAGGUUGCCCCCCCUGAUCUGGACAGCCCGUCACUCAGAGCCACCAGAGCCCUGAAACUCCUCUACAUCACCUGCUCCGACGCCAGCAUCCAGCAGAAAGAGAUCGUUUCUAGCUGGGAGGUCAGCGCCAUCGGACACCCGGUGGUUCUGCCGCUGAAGGUGUGCGAGGAGCUGCUGCAGGUGAUAGAUGACAGCAACGCCACACUUCCUGUCUCAAUGCGCUGCAUGAGGUCCUACAAGGUGGCGUAUCUUAGACUGUGAGGAUGGAGGAGAAAACCACCCUGUCCCAAAUUGCUUGUUGCUCUUGAAAGCAACCUUUUCAGCCAUCCAAAUACUUUGUUCCCAAGAACAGAAAUUUGUGGAAGAACAUAAUAAUGUGGCUGCCAUUUUUUAUAUAUUUUUUACUUAUCUUUGUAUACACAGCUUGUAAAAUUGUAUUUGUACCAGUGCACAUUUUUUUUCCCCAGCCUCGAGCCCCAUCAUACUUGUCUUUGUGUCUAUUUUGUUUGACACCAUUACAUUUAAGGUUUAAUUGACCAGAGUAUAUUUGAAAUGAAGGGAAGGCAGAUUUGGACCAGCUUUUUAUUAAUAAAUAUUAUUUAUCACCA